AUGAAGCUCACUCAGACUAUUCUGGCUCUGGCCAUUGCAUCGGCGGCUAAUGCCCAGCUGGGCUCUCUGCCUCCCUGUGCGCAAACCUGUGCUACCAAGGCUAUCCCCGCUAGCUGUGGCGUCGAUGUCGCUUGUAUUUGUAACAACAAGAGUUUCCUAAGCGACAUCGCCUGCUGCAUCGUUGGCAAGUGUACUACCGCGGAGCAAGAGGACACUCUAAAGGCAGCCAAGGCAAUCUGUUCAGCAGGCGGCGUCACGGACCUGCCUAGCACGGUCGCCUGCACAACUGGCGCAUCCAGCACUUCUACUUCAGGUGCCUCGGCCACUACCUCGGACAGAACCUCUACCACUACCGCCUCUAGCACCACAACCGCAAGUGCUUCCGAGACCACCGUCAGUGGUACCGCUGAAGCCAGCACCACGGAGUCUUCGUCUACCACCAAGUCCGGCACCGAAAGCACUUCUACCUCUGGCUCGGCUACUGCGUCUUCAGCUUCGGCAGCCGCCACCACCGGUGGUGCUGCGCUCGGACAUAACAAGGACGCUUCCUUCAUGGCCGCCGCCGGAGCUGCUGCGGCCUUUGCCAUCCUCAUCUAG